AUGGCAGUGAGCAUGAAUAUGGAUCUAAUUCCAAUGAUAGGAUUCUAUGGUGCGGAUGGCUACUUUAAAACAGGACAAAUCUUAACAAUAGGUGAGGUGAAAAUGUGCUUGGAAUCCAGGAGAGAUUUACAUGAUUCAGGGGACAGAAUGAAACGUUACAUUCAGAAGACACAAUAUAAUGAAUUCUUUAAAAUUAAAAUAGAUUUUCCUAUCUCUAAACUGCACCAUGUAACUGAUGAAUUUGGUCUGCGUGUUAUAAUGCAUAGCGGAUAUUUCACUGGGAGUGAAAGUGAGCAAAUCGAACUACUGCAACACCUCUCCUUUUGGAGUGUUGAGAUACAUCCAGAAAACAGUGAGAGAGCUCGUCAACAGGCCUACGAGACUGUGAAACAAAUGGUGACGGCACAGGAAGCAGAGUAUUUCCAAGAACAAAUAAAAGGACAGUAUGCCAACUCUCCAGCAUUCGAUAAUACGACUUCUCGUUAUGGAAAUUUUGUGUUCUCCUUCCCACUGUCUGACCUGCUGGAGGCCUAUAAAUCCCAGCACUGCCAGAAUGUAGAUCCUCAGCUCAGGGUGCUGGGCACACAGAUGUACAGACAAGAGAUAGCUCACAUCAUUGUUGUCCACAGUCCUGGUAUUGACCUGUACGAUGACUUCCCAAUGGUGCAAACUGUUCCCAGCACUGACAAAUCCCUGCCUUUUGUCUACUGGAGAAAGGAAGAUGGGGAACUUUGCUGGAGGCCAGAAUCUACCUCCACUAAACUCCAAGUGGAAAUCAGAAAUAAUACUACAACUCCAUAUAACUCUGUACAGUAUUGUGUUUGGAACCACCUGAUAUUCGCUUUCCACCUGCCUGAAGGACAGCACCUGGUUAUCCCUAGAGAGAAGCUCCAGGACAAUCUGGCUGCUUGUGGUUCUGGAGAGGUCAUUCUAAACUCCAGCCUAAAGUUCGAAGUAGCCGAGGAAAUAGUCAGAGACAUUAAAGGAUAA